AUGUAUAAUGAUACAUUUUCUGACUCGUUAUUUCAUUUUUCUUACGGAAAUCUUUCUGCAUGUAAACCAUAUAGGUACGGGAAGGUGUUCAAGACGAACAUAAUAGGGACACCAAUCAUAAUAUCAACCGAUGCAGAGGUUAACAAAGUGGUGCUCCAAAACCAUGGGAACACAUUUGUCCCUGCAUACCCUAAAUCAAUCACUGAACUACUUGGAGAAAACUCUAUUCUCAGCAUCAAUGGACCUCAUCAAAAGAGGCUACACACGCUUGUUAGCGCGUUCCUUAGAUCCCCUCACCUCAAGGAGAGGAUAACUCGAGACAUUGAGGCCUCGGUUGGUCUCACUUUAACUUCUUGGUCUCAACUUCCCUUGGUUCAUGUCCAAGAUGAGAUCAAAAAGAUGACGUUUGAGAUAUUAGUAAAACUGCUGAUGAGCAUAUCUCCUGGUGAAGAUUUGGAUAUUCUAAAGCUCGAGUUUGAAGAAUUCAUCAAGGGAUUGAUUUGUAUCCCCAUCAGAUUCCCGGGCACUAGACUUUAUAAAUCUUUAAAGGCGAAAGAGAGCUUAAUAAAGAUAGUUAAGAAGGUUGUGGAGGAGAGACAAGAGGCUACGAUCGAGAGGACAAAUUCUCCAGCGAAUGACGCGGUGGAUGUGCUUUUAAGAGACGUUAACGACGGUGGUGGUUCGGAUAAGCAAUCUCAGCCGUUAGAUUUCGUCAGCGGAAAGAUCGUAGAGAUGAUGAUACCCGGAGAGGAAACGAUGCCAACGGCGAUGACGUUGGCUGUCAAAUUCCUAAGCGACAAUCCCGUCGCUCUAGCCAAACUCGUGGAGGAGAAUAUGGAGAUGAAGAUGCGUAAAUCGGAGUCGGGAAAAGAAUACAAUUGGUCAGAUUAUAUGUCUCUCUCUUUUACUCAAAACGUGAUAAAUGAAACAUUGAGAAUGGCUAAUAUCAUUAACGGUGUGUGGAGGAAGGCUCUUAAAGAUGUGGAAAUUAAAGGUUACUUGAUACCAAAAGGAUGGUGUGUAUUGGCUUCAUUCAUAUCAGUUCACAUGGAUGAAGACAUUUAUGAGAAUCCUUAUCAAUUCGAUCCGUGGAGAUGGGAUAGGAUUAAUGGAAUGUCAAACAGUAAUAUUUGCUUCACACCCUUUGGUGGUGGGCAAAGGCUAUGUCCCGGUUUAGAACUAUCAAAGCUCGAAAUAUCCAUCUUUCUUCACCAACUCGUAACCCGGUACAGUUGGACAGCCGAGAAAGACGAGAUCGUGUCAUUUCCAACGGUCAAGAUGAAGCGGAGGCUUCCGAUCCGAGUGACUCCCGUGGAGAGGACCUCUCCUAUCUCAGUUGAAGAUCAUUAGCUAAUAGUUCCUUGAAAAGAACCAAGUGUUUUAGGCAAAAUGAGGCAGAGAAGCAAACAAAUAAGUUUUAAAAUGUAGCAGAGAAGAGAAGCAAGUAAGUUUGGAGGGUAAGGGCAGAAAGAGCCAUACGUACAGCUAGCUAGUGAUGGCUCAAAGAUGAGAGGCUAAUUGUUUUAUUAAUUUUUUACAUGUCAGAUUAUAGGCGUUGGUUAGGUUGUCCCUUUCUCUUUUAUUAUCGUAUCAAAGCCAAACGCAACUUGAGAUAUGAUUCUUUUCCAAAAAAAAAAAAACUUGAGAUAUGAUUCUAUAUCUAUACUAUUAUUU